UUCUCACUCCACUGUCAAAAUAAAACCCUAUUUCCAGGGCGGUGAAACUGGCUACUCUCUAGACCUCUCUUCCCCUAUGUAUAUAUAUACAUAAUAAUCAUCUAUACAUAUACACUCUGUAUGUCUGUUUCUCGUUUAUUCUCGUCUCUCAAAUUCGGAACCUUCAUACCUUGUCCUCUACUCCAUCAGAGAAAAGCUGUUCACAUGGAGAAACGGUGGAAAAAGAAGCCACAAGCUAGAAUGAGUUCAUCCACAACAGCAGAGACUGAGGAUGUCAGCAACAGACUUCGUGAGAUGAGUGUUGCUGAAAACAGUGGGGAGUCGCAUGCUUCAGUCUCAUCUUCGCAGUUUGGAACUGUUGGUGCAAUAAAGCAUGUCCCUGCACAGGGUGUCAAGUCCAUUUGGAAGCCAAAAUCUUAUGGAACUGUUAGUGGAACACCGACAAUAGUUGCUAAAGAUGAAGGUGGAUCUAAAACAGCAACAGCUGAGAAAAGUGAUACUGCUGCGAGUAAGUUUGAUGGCAAGUUGUUGGAGGAUUUUACAGUGGACAAAUCUACAUACUCGCGUGCCCAAAUAAGAGCAACCUUUUAUCCCAAAUUUGAAAACGAAAAGUCUGAUCAAGAGGUUAGGACGAGGAUGAUUGAAUUGGUCACCAAAGGGCUGGGUACUCUAGAAGUUUCUCUAAAACACUCUGGAUCGCUUUUUAUGUAUGCUGGUCAUGAAGGUGGCGCAUAUGCCAAAAAUAGUUAUGGGAACAUUUACACUGCCGUCGGUCUUUUUGUUCUUGGGCGAACAUUUCAAGAGGCAUGGGGCAGCCAUGCAAGCAAAAAGCAAUCAGAAUUCAGUGAUUACCUUGAGAGGAAUCGCAUGUGCAUAUCUAUGGAACUGGUGACUGCCGUUCUAGGAGAUCAUGGACAACGUCCUCUUGAAGAUUACGUUGUAGUGACUGCAGUGACGGAUUUGGGCAAGGGUAGACCACGAUUCUACUCAACACCAGAUGUAAUUGCUUUUUGCAGGAAAUGGCGUCUACCUACAAAUCAUGUUUGGCUGUUCUCGACAAGGAAAUCAGUAACCUCAUUCUUUGCUGUGUAUGAUGCACUGUGUGAAGAAGGAACUGCAACACCUGUUUGCCAUGCUCUAGAUGAAGUUGCAGAUAUAUCUAUACCUGGCUCUAAAAACCAUAUAAAGGUUCAAGGUGAAAUUUUGGAAGGGCUGGUCGGCCGUAUUGUGAGCUAUGAAAGUUCAAAAUACAUGGAGCAAGUUUUGAGAGAUUCACCUCCAUAUCAACUAGAGGGAGUUGACCUUGAUAUGGGUCCUAGCUUGCGGGAGAUAUGUGCUGCAAACAGAUCAGAUGAAAAGCAGCAAAUCAGAGCGCUCCUUCAGCAUGUCGGUACCUCCUUUUGCCCCAAUUUUGUCGAUUGGUUUGGAAGGGAAGGAACAAAUUCACACUCCAGAAUUGCUGAUCGGUCGAUUCUUGCAAAGUUUCUACAAUCCAAUCCAUCCGACUUUUCAACAACCAAGUUUCAGGAAAUGAUUCGUCUAAUGAGAGAGAAGCGUUUUCCUGCUGCUUUCAAGUGCUACUAUAACUUUCAUAAAAUCAAUUCAGUCUCCCGCGACAACCUUCAAUUUAAGAUGGUGAUUCAUGUGCAUAGUGACUCAGCUUUUCGACGCUAUCAGAAAGAGAUGAGGCACAACCCAGGACUGUGGCCACUAUAUCGAGGAUUUUUUGUUGACUUGAAUUUGUUCAAGGCAAAGGAGGAUGGAGGUCCAAAAUUCGACAAGGACUGUGUUGACCUGACUAACCAUGUCAAUGAUAGCAAUGAAUCCGAAAAAGGUGGUUUAGCAGAUGAAGAUGCAAAUCUUAUGAUUAAGAUGAAAUUUCUCACAUACAAGUUGCGAACCUUUCUUAUUCGAAAUGGUUUGUCAAUUCUGUUCAAGGAAGGUCCAGCUGCUUACAAGACUUACUACAUGCGGCAAAUGAAGAUAUGGAAUACUUCGGCAGUUAAGCAGAAGGAACUAAGCAAGAUGCUUGAUGAAUGGGCGCUCUACAUAAGGAGGAAGCAUGGACACAAGCAGCUGUCAUCGUCCAUAUACCUUACUGAGGUGGAACCUUUUCUCGAAAACUAUGCCAAACGCAGUCCACAGAAUCAAACUUUAAUAGGAGCUGCGGGGAACGUGGUCAGAUCUGAAGAUUUCAUGGCCAUAAUUGAUGGAGGCAGAGACGAAGAGGGAGACCUUGAGAAAGAGAAGGAAGUAGCACCAUCAAGCCCCAGUCCCUCUGUAGUAAAGGACGCUGUUAGAAAAAAUGAGGGUCUGAUAGUGUUCUUUCCAGGAAUACCUGGCUGUGCCAAAUCUGCUCUGUGUAAGGAAAUAUUAAGUUCCUCAGUGGGACUAGAGGAUGAUCGUCCAGUUCAUAGUUUGAUGGGUGAUCUUGUUAAAGGAAAGUAUUGGCAGAAGGUUGCUGAACAACGCAGGAAAAAACCUUAUUCUAUCAUGCUUGCUGAUAAGAAUGCACCAAAUGAAGAGGUUUGGAGACAGAUCGAAAGCAUGUGCCGAAGCACUAAAGCAUCUGCUGUUCCAGUUGUCCCCGACUCUGAAGGAACAGAAACUAAUCCGUUCUCCCUUGACGCUUUGGCAGUCUUUACAUUUCGUGUGCUCAACCGUGUUAAUCAUCCGGGGAAUCUUGACAAGGCAUCUCCAAAUGCUUGUUAUGUUUUGCUAGUUUUUUACAACCUUUAUGAUGGAAAGAAUCGACGAGAGUUUGAGGCUGAGCUCAUAGAACGUUUUGGUUCACUUGUAAAGAUGCCUCUUCUGAAGCCUGAUAGGAGUCCGUUACCUGAAUCAAUAAAGUCCACUUUGGAGGAGGGAUUAAACCUGUACAGGCUUCACUCUAACAGACAUGGGAGACUGGACUCCACCAAAGGAACGUACGCACAAGAAUGGACUAAAUGGGAGAAGCAAUUACGAGAUAUAUUAUUUGGAAAUGCAGAGUAUCUUAAUUCUAUUCAGGUUCCAUUUGAGUCCACAGUUAAACAAGUGUUGCAACAGUUAAAAAACAUUGCGAAGGGAGAUUACACAGCACCGACUACAACACCGAACACUGAGAAAAGGAAGCUGGGGAACAUUGUAUUUGCAGCUAUUAAUAUCCCUGUUACGGAAAUACAAAGUCUUCUUCACAAUUUAGCUGAGAAGAAUUCAAAUGUUGAUGCUUUCUUCAAAGACAAAAAUAUGGCUAUUAGCCUUAAGAAGGCCCAUUUGACUCUUGCUCAUAAGAGAAGUCAUGGAGUAAUAGCUGUAGCCAACUAUGGUUCAGUUCUCCAUCAGAAUGUCCCAGUUGAAAUGACUGCCCUAUUUUUCUCGGAUAAUUUGGCUGCUUUGGAAGGACGUCCUGGUUCUUCUGAUGGUGAGGAGGUAAUAUCAAAGAACGCAUGGCCCCAUGUCACGUUGUGGACUGCCGAAGGGAUUGCUGCCAAGGAAGCUAAUAAUUUGCCACAGCUAUUUUCUGAAGGGAAGGCUACUAGAAUCGAGAUUGAUCCACCCAUUACAGUAACAGGCACUGUCGAAUUUUACUAAGACGACUUUCAUUAGUAUUAGCUAACCUUCCUUUGCUCGUGUAAGAAAUUUUGUAGGAAAAGAAAAUGAGAGAUGUUUACUUGGGUAUAUAUUAUGAAAGCAAUAUAAAGGAAAAACAGAACUCAAGUGGAUCAACUGUUUUAUCCUCUCCGGCAAGCAUUUUUCCAUUGGCGUAGAUGUUUAUUGUUCUCGCUCACGUGCGAAUGGAGCAGUCCUCCCUUGCAUA